AUCUUCAAGUACAUGAUAAAAUGAUAAUGCUUCAUUAGAUAUUGAUUGAAACCAAUCAAUCAUUCAUACAGAAAGUUCUCUCAUCUCUCUCCAAAAUCUGCUGGCAUGAAACCAGUGAUUCCCUUCCUGUUUUUAUCUCUGCUAACUAAGAUAUUACCUUUGCAAACUGAGUCAUCAAAAACCAAUGGUCAGAUCACUGUAAUGGGCCUCGUUUAUUGUGACAUUUGCUCCAACAACAGCUUCUCCAGACACAGCUACUUUUUACCAGGCGCCGAAGUUCAAAUAGACUGCAACUUCAGGGCGUUUAUUCAGAAAACAAGGGAACAGAUAUCGUUCUCUGUCAACAGAACUACGGAUAAACGUGGGGUAUACAUGUUGGACAUACCAUCGGUCGAUGGGAUUGAAUGCGCGGAGGCAGCCAUUGCAUCGACUUGCCAGGCUAGCUUAGUUGGGAGCUUGUCCACUUCAUGCAACAUUCCCGGUUACAGUAGCACAACAGAUGAGAUAGCAAUAAAAUCCAGGCACCCCAAUAUCUGCAUCUACAGCCUAUCUGCAUUGAAUUUCAGACCAUCAAAAAGAGACGUUACUUUGUGUGGGGAAUAAUUCGCUCUCUUUUUAUUAACACACUAAUCUCGGUUAUAGAAUUAUAUACGGUCGCCUUCUCCUCUGCUAUCCGGUGAAGGUUCUUUCUGUUUCUCGGUCUGCGCAUAGUACAAGAAAUGGAAAACCUGCGCUAACCCUUUCCAGCCUUACUGGUGCUCAUUUAAGGACGAAAAAAGAGCCAUAUAUUAAUAGGUAUUUUC